UAUCAUCACAAUGUCCCAAAGCAUAAGAGAACGCUCGUCGCACUAAAUCAUGGCUGACCACCCUGCCUCCUUAUUCUCUCAGCCGCCGCGACACAUUUUCUUCCCUUUAGAAAAUACCACCCCCGUCGCUGUAGCCUUGCCGGUGCCGCCAUGAUGUCGCGUGCGCUAUCCAAGACAUUACGAGUGUCUUCGCAACUUACACCACGGCCUUCCUCACCCUUAACAAUACCGCGCAUCACACUGUCCGCCACACAAGCACGAUGGAGUUCGCAUUCCCCGCUGGGCACACCACCCACAAACACACGCAAACCCGUCACCCUCAAUACCCUGCAGGCACUCUACCGCAAGGGCGAGCCAAUCACCAUGGUCACAGCCCAUGACUUCCCCAGCGCACAUGUCGCCGACCACGCCGGCAUGGACAUGAUACUCGUGGGCGACAGUCUCGCCAUGGUCGCCCUGGGCAUGGAAGACACAAGUGAAGUCCUAAUGGAAGAAAUGCUUCUGCAUUGUAAAUCCGUCGCGCGCGCCACAAAAUCCGCCUUUACUGUCGGCGACCUCCCCAUGGGCACCUACGAAAUUUCCCCCACCCAAGCCCUCCAAUCCGCAAUCACAAUGAUCAAAACCGGCCGCGUCAAAUCCGUAAAACUAGAAGGCGGCGCCGAAAUGGCGCCUACCAUUUCUAAAAUAACUCAAGCUGGUAUCCCCGUCCUCGCUCACAUCGGUCUAACCCCCCAGCGCCAAAACGCACUAGGCGGCUUUCGCGUCCAGGGCAAAACCACAGCUUCUGCGCUUACCCUCCUGGCAGAUGCACUGGCAGUCCAAGAUGCCGGCGCAUUUGCAGUCGUACUUGAAGCUGUACCCGCGCAAGUAGCUGACCUCGUCACGCGACAGCUGCGCAUCCCGACGAUUGGGAUUGGAGCUGGCAAUGCGUGUUCUGGGCAGGUCCUCGUGCAAGUUGAUAUGCUGGGUAACUUUCCGCCAGGACGCUUCCUGCCCAAGUUCGUAAAACAAUACGGCAAUGUUUGGGGGGAGGCGCUGGGGGCGCUCGAGCGGUAUAGGGAUGAGGUUAAGAAGAGGGUGUAUCCCGAGGAGAAGCAUACGUAUCCCAUGGCGCAGGAGGAGUUUGACGAGUUUGAGAGGGUGGUGGAGGAUGAGAGGGAGAAGGUGGAUUUGCUGUGAUUUGAGAAUUUAUGAGUAUGUCUUUUCUUUUCUUUUAUUUGGGUAUAGAAAGGGGGAGGAGAGAUGGGCAGGGACGAUGGUGAUGUUACAAGUCCACUUUUUUCAAUUUCAUUAUGUGAACCAAUACAUGAUAUUUAC